AUGAAGGAGGAAAAUGAUAGUUUCGACGAAGAUGCAAACGAUUCUGAAACUCAUGUGUUAGCCGAAAUAAAUAUCGAUCCUGAGGACGACAUUCUUAUAGAUUCUUUUAUAAGGCGCAAAUUUAACAAAGAAAAUGUUCUUGAGUCAAGCUUUUCCGAUUUCCGGGAAGAGGUUUUCGAAGCGAUCGAAUCGGAAGAUGAAGGCUAUAAAAAUGCCACAAAAGAGGAAAUUGAAGUUCUAAUAGGUCUGCAAAUUGCUAUGAGAAAUUCAAUGACAAUGAGACGAUUUGCACAGUUGCGUACGCUAUUACAUUUCACCGAUAAUUUGAAAAUACCCAAGGAAUGUGGUGACAAAAUUUGUGAAAAUACGGUUUAUCUGAGCGAAAUAGUUGAUAUACUGGAUAAGAUAGAUUCAAAUUUAUCUGAUUUAGAGGAGGAAAAUGAUAGUUUCGACGAAGAUGCAAACGAUGCUGAAACUCAUGUGUUAGCCGAAAUAAAUAUCGAUCCUGAGGACGACAUUCUUAUAGAUUCUUCUAUAAGGCGCAAAUUUAACAAAGAAAACGUUCUUGAGUCAAGCUUUUCCGAUUUCCGGGAAGAGGUUUUCGAAGCGAUCGAAUCGGAAGAUGAAGUAUUCGAAAAGGCAACAUUUUAUACAAAUUUGUAUGCUACGCAGAGAAACGUUACAGGAUAUAAAAAUGCCACAAAGGAGGAAAUCGAAAUUCUAAUAGGUCUGCAAAUUGCUAUGGGAAAUUCAAUGACAAUGAGACGAUUUGCACAGUUGCGUACGCUAUUACAUUUCACCGAUAAUUUGAAAAUACCCAAGGAAUGUGGUGACAAAUUUGUGAAAAUACGUCCGUUAAUAGAUGCUAUUAGGAAUCGAUGCCUUGAAGAGCCGGUUGAACAAGAUGUGUGCAUUGACGAACAAAUAAUACCUUUCAAAGGAAGACUUUCUUGUAAAGUUUAUCACAAAGGGAAGCCAAACCCAUGGGGCAUAAAGAAUUACGUUCUUUGCGGUAAAUCGGGCUUUCCUUAUGACUUUGAGUUAUAUCAAGGAAAACAAACUUGUUUAGACCCGCAAGUUUUAACAAAAUAUGGAUUCUCGACCGCAAUUGUCCUACAUCUAUGUAAAAGACUAGUCAACAGUGGACAUAAUCUUUAUUUCGACAACUUUUUCAAUUCAUACAACCUGCUUGAAAUUCUUACACAUUUGAAAAUUAAUGCAACUGGGACAGCACGCAUAAAUAGGUUCGGGAGACCUACGCUGGGCUCAGACAAAGAACUGCAAAAAAAGGGCGUGGCGCAUACGAAUGUUUAG